AAAUAAACACUGAAAUAUUUACUUCGGAAACACUCAAUUAGCUAGUUAACUAAGUUAGCUAGCGGUAUGUUUCGUCAGCUUUUGCGGACCCGGGUCGUCGGGACCAGAACGGCCUAUCUGAACCGAUGGCACGGUGUUUGUCGAGCGGAGAGACCACUGUGCACCAGAAGUGACGAGGUCAGACUGGCAGAGGAGGCCAGCAAGAGGUAUGGCUCUCCAGCUCCAACCAUCUUCUCCAAAGUGAUCGAUAAAAGCAUCCCUGCAGAUAUCAUUUAUGAAGAUGAGAAGUGUUUGGCAUUCAGGGAUAUCAGCCCACAGGCCCCUGUUCACUUCCUGGUCAUCCCAAGGAUCCCUAUUCCCAGAAUAAGUGAGGCCAAAGAUGAUGAUGCUGAGCUUUUAGGACAUUUGUUGGUUGUUGCCAAAAAUGUGGCAAAGCAAGAAUCUCUAACGGAGGGAUACAGAGUGGUGAUCAACGAUGGAAAGCACGGCGCUCAGUCAGUUUACCACCUUCAUGUUCACGUCCUGGGAGGAAGACAGCUGACGUGGCCACCUGGAUAAUGGUCUCAUGUGUAUGUUAAUGUGUAUUUUCUGUCUCCCUGUCUAUGUUUAGUCUUACAUGAUGUAUGAAGGCUGUAGUUCAUCCAAAAAAAAAACAUAUUCUCAUCCCAAUUUUUACAUAAAAACUCCCUUCACCUCGCAGAAUAUGACAUGUAAAUAUGUUGAUCUUGACAAAUGUAAAAAUUAAAUGUAAAAAUGAAGAGUAAAGACAUUAUGUUUGGUAUGGCUGCAAAUAAAGACACUAUUUCUAAUACAGAAA